AUGAAAUAUUCUUUUUAUCCUUCGCACCAAGAAGAUGCUGAAAGACACGAGGGCCCUAUUAUCCCUGCGAUGGUUCAAAAUUCGCCAGAGAUGAUUAGUACGACCCUUCCUACUGGUAACCAAGUGACCCAGUCGUUACAACUCACAAAGAAUUUCCGUCGUUGGAGAAACUUAUUAAUAAAUAAGAUUGAUGGGCUGAGAGCUGAAUGGGAAACGCAAAAGAGCGCAGCUAGGAAUGAAAUUGAUUCUGCAAAUGAGUAUCUGGAAAGAAAUGUGUUUACUGAUACCUAUGAGAAUAGAGAAUUAGUUGUCCCAUCUGCAAUUCUAUCACUUGGAGCAUUCUUUAGUGGAAGAGUGUUGAGUAAUCCCAAUAAUUGGGGAAAAAGCAAUAAUAUUCUAGCAGGUCGCCCGUCAAUCCUUGGCAAGGUCUGCACUAGUAUUCCUUCUAGAUUGUUGUUGCCAUUUCUGCUGGCCGGUACGGUCUUUACGCAAUUGACUCCCGUGACAGCCAACAAUAUCUGGACAACUUUUGAGAAAGAUGCAUUGCCCAAGAAAUUUACGGACGACAGUCACCGUCUGUGGAAAGAGUACUACGUCGAUGGUCUACUUAAAGGGAAGCAGAAUCUUUGCAGAGCUGUGAACGAGAAAUUGCAGCAGAAUGUUAAGUUCGUGAGAGAAAAUAUAAGCGACCGCUUAAAAUAA